AUGCCUUUGAUAACGCGGCUGAUCGUACGCGAUAAUGCGCUCGCCUGUCUGCCAAAGGUGCCAUCGGACGAGGUUUACCCUCUGCAUUUCUUCGAUGACCAAAAGGUCUAUCACAACUCUCAUGGCGUGUGGAUGCUGCGAUUCGACGAUGUCUUGGACCCGACCAUAGUCUACGCGGCCUUUGAGCGGCUUUGUUCGCUGCCCGGAUGGCGCAAGUGUGGUGGAAGGCUACGGAUGAAUGACCGCAAUAAGCUGGAGGUCCACGUGCCCGAGAAGUUCACCUCCGCGAGGCCUGCAUCGAUGCUUACCCGGGUCUCAUACGGGGACAUUAGCAUCAACGAACACCCAGUGGCAUCCAGCCUCCCUAGGGAGACUGCCGUCCCUUGCCUGCAGUCCGGCCCGACAGACUUCCUGAGCCUGUCCAUGACCCCCCGGACCCCCGUGUGCCUGGAGGACUACCUCAAGUCGGACAUGCCCCUUUUGAACAUGCACAUUGUCACUUUUAAGGACGCCACCCUGGUGUCCAUGACCUGGCCGCACGUCCUGGGAGACAUCAUGAGCGCGUCCGCGAUAUGCGAAGCCUGGAGCCUGGUCAUGGCAGGCCGGGAGGCCGAGGUGCCCGCCUGCCUCUCAUCCGGGCACGACGACGUCCUCGAGAAGGCCGGCCACCACCCAGCCUUCAACGACAAGCACAUGAUGGAGGGGCAGCAGCUCAAGGGCCUCUGGUUCAUGGUGUGGGUGGUCAGGUACUUCCUCGACAUCUUCUGGUGGUACAGGCAGGAGAGCCGCACCAUCUACCUCCCCCCCAGGUCAGUCACCAAGCUCAAGGCCAAGGCGAUGAUGGAGAUCAAGGGCCAGAACCCCGAGGCGAGACCGUCGGCCGCCUCGCACGCCACCCAGUUCGUCAGCACCGCCGACGUCGUCUUCGCCUGGAUCAUAUGCCUCAUGGGCCGGGCGACCUUCUCACCCCGCUCCAAGCGCUCCGUCAUGAUCGGGUUCCCCUGCGACGUGCGCGACCGGGCGCCGUCCAUCUUCACCCCCGCGCAAAAGGAGAGGGGCGUGUGGGUGCAGAACGCCUCGCCGCCGAUCCUCCAGACCGUCCCGGCGCGCGACGUCGUGUCGGAGCACGGCAUGGCCAAGGUCGCCCAGUCCAUCCGCCACGCGAUCACGUCGCUGGGCACCGAGGCGCAGAUCCACGCGCAGUAUGCCCUGGCGAGGGACAGCUACCGGAAGAGCGGCCUCCCGCCGAUAUUCGGCCGCAUUGACCAGUUCCCUGUCAACGGCACCAACUGGACCAAGGCCAACUUCUUCGAGAAGGUCGACUUUAGCCCUGCUGUUGUCCACCAGGUCAAUGGCGUCACCGAGAAGACGGGCAAGAAGGUCAGGGACACCCUUGUCAACGGCAACCACGGCCGCAAGUCAGCUGUCGGAAAGCCAGUGUAUCUUCAUGCCAACGAGCUGGCCCCUCCUGGCUCCCGUCAGCCGCUUUCUCGAAAUCUCGCAUACCUCCUUGGGACCCCAGCAGGCGGUUACUGGGUCGUCGGCAAAUUCCACCCCAUCGUGUGGAGGCAGAUUGAAGGGGCUCUUGCCGCCAUGCAAUAA